AUGCUGGCCAAUUCAGCACGGUCGACCAAGGGAAUGGCAAUACUCGCAGCAUCCACCUUUUUCGUCAUGGCGUUUGUUGGCCUAGUUUUCCGUCAUCUCGAAUUGUGGGAUUUCCCGGUCAGACCGCAACCUCCGUCUUCUCCUGACUUCUCGCCUCAUGUGGCUGAACCCGCAGGCGCUUCACAACCCGUCCGGCCUUUCAAUUCAAGCAGACCAACCGCUCUUGCGAAUGAUGAUGUGCUGCGAAGCUUUUUCCUCAAAAAUCUGCACAAACCUGUUGUGUCACCGGCGGAUACUACUUUCAAACCGUACGACGCGUUCGAGUGGCAGCUUCCCGAGAAAGCCCACUGGCAGCAACCCAUGGGUGAGAAUCUCUGCAUAAUUGAUCUCGACAAUCGCCAGUUCAACCAGUCGGGCGAGCUCUACGGACCAGACGUCAUGUCUUGGGACAGUCCCAAAGGCGUCCACGGCUUAUCACUAGGCUUGCUGAACCACUAUGUAUAUGCUCGCAUUCACGGAUACAAGUAUUACUACAUCAACGUUGUUGACCCUGGUGAUCGGCGCGCGUCCUGGAAGAAGCCACGCGUCAUAUCCAAAAUCCUCCGGGAGCACGACGUUUGCAUCUAUCUCGAUUCCGAUGCCAUUUUCAACAAUCUAGACCUACCAUUCGAGUGGCUGCUGAAUUACUGGAAGUUGUAUCCCGACAAUAACUCUGUGGCUCUCGCUCUGGAUCCUGAGAGUCAAUAUAACCAGGAUCGAUUUGGCAAAACAUACCUCAACACGGGCUUCAUCAUCUCGCAAAACAACCCAACCACGUAUGACAUCAUGGAUGCUUGGAAUCGAUGUCCCGACGACGACGGCCCUUAUCCAGGCUGCAAGGAUUUCCGUCUGAACUGGCCAGGGCAGCCGACCGACCAAGGCGGCUUCGGCACAUAUGUCAGAUACAACUUUACUCAGCAUAUUCGAGAACUUCCCUGCGACGAAGCCAAUGGAUUCCCCCAGACGAAAUCUGGUUGCAAUGGCAUCUUUAUCCGUCACUUGUGGACUGGAAAGGAUAACCAGAUCAAGAUUGAAGUUGGUCAGCAGCUGCCAGGGCCGUAUCUCCAACUGUUCCAUGAGCAGUACCUGAAGGAAAAGCCUACCUUCUUCAUUGAAGAAGCUGAUCUGCUCGCCAACGGCCCCUCGCAGGCGCUGAGGGGGAAAACAGCUUUACCAUGA